GAGUUGCGACCACAUCCCCCGCUACAAGGCCCCGACGCGGCAGGCUACCGACUGGCGACAGAACUGGGGGAGGGGAAGCCCCGUGCUGCCCCAAAUCCAUCCCGCGACGCCGGCCAUGGCCAUGGCCGCGCCGAGCAUCCGCACGGUGGCCUCCGUCUUCGGCCUGCUGCUCCUCGUCUUCGCGCUCUCCUCCACCGUCAUCUACCUCGUCUCCUCGGCCCCCGCCGCCGCCCCCAGCAGCAUCCUCCUCAACCUCCGCCCCUUCGCCGCCAGGUGCCCGCCCGCCCCGCCGCUCCGCGUCUUCAUGUACGACCUCCCCGCGCGCUUCCACGUCGCCAUGAUGUCCACCAAUUCCGCGGCGCCGGCGCCCUCCAACGGGUCCGGCGCCGCGUUCCCCGCGUGGCCGCCGUCCGCGGGCGGGAUCAGGCGCCAGCACAGCGUCGAGUACUGGAUGAUGGCGUCGCUGCAGCUGCAGGGCGGCGGAGGAGGCGCGAGGGAGGCCGUCCGGGUGCGGGAUCCGGACGCGGCCGACGCCUUCUUCGUGCCCUUCUUCUCCUCGCUCAGCUUCAACGUCCACGGCCGCAACAUGACCGAUCCGGACACCGAGGACGACCGCCGACUCCAGCAUUCAUCACUGCGGCCUCAUAGUUGGCAAUCAUGCGAGGUGGAACUUAUGGACAUUCUGUGGAAGUCUAAAUACUGGCAACGAUCUGCAGGACGUGACCAUGUGAUUCCAAUGCACCACCCAAAUGCUUUUAGAUUUCUGAGAGAUAUGGUGAAUGCAUCCGUUCUUAUAGUUUCAGACUUUGGGAGAUAUACAAAGGAAUUGGCUUCCUUGAAGAAAGAUGUUGUAGCACCGUAUGUGCAUGUUGUAGAUUCCCUCCUUAACGAUGACCCAUCUGAUCCAUUUGAGUCUCGCCCUACACUGCUUUUCUUUCGGGGACGCACAGUCAGGAAAGAUGAAGGCAAAAUCCGCAAAAAACUCGCUAAGAUAUUGAAAGACAAAGACGGUGUGCGCUUUGAGGAUAGUCUUGCCACGGGCGAUGGCAUUAAAACAUCUACAGAAGGUAUGCGGUCAUCAAAGUUUUGUCUCCAUCCCGCCGGGGAUACUCCUUCCUCAUGCCGCUUGUUUGAUGCCAUUGUCAGUCACUGUGUUCCUGUGAUCAUCAGCAGCCGAAUUGAGCUGCCUUUUGAGGAUGAGAUUGAUUACAGUGAGUUCUCACUUUUCUUCUCAGUUGAGGAAGCUCUAAGACCCGAUUACUUGCUCAACCAGCUCAGGCAGAUGCCUAAAGAGAAGUGGGUUGAGAUGUGGUCAAAACUAAAAAAUGUCUCUAGUCACUAUGAGUUCCAGUAUCCUCCCAGGAAGGGUGAUGCUGUGAACAUGAUAUGGCGGCAGGUGAAGCACAAAAUCCCUGCAGUUAAUCUGGCGAUUCACAGGAAUAGGAGAUUGAAAAUUCCAGACUGGUGGUGAGGACUGGUUAAUCGUGUACAUAUUAUCACAUCAAUGACUAUAUUGGCAUCAUUUGGUUCACGGCAAAGCCAUGCUGGUCAUUCCUUGUGCGCCAGGAGUUCAGCUUAGCACCAUGAGGUGGAAUUACGGUUUACUGACAGGCACCAUUUUUGCCCCUUUUUUGUUGAUCCUCUAGCACCAGAACCAUUCCCCCUGAGGUUAUGAUAUAGUGAGUAGUAAUGUUAUAGAGCAGACUUGCUUGACAAAAGCAUGUGUAUUAUCCUUAAAACACACACUGACACGCAUACAAACAUGUGUACCAAUAGAUACAAUUUCUCUCA